GGCUCCAGCCGGAGCUUCUGGCCCCCGAAGCCAACGAAGGUUGCAGGAUGUUCCUGCAGAGGGCGAUGGUUCCUCUUCUUCUCUUGGUCUGCCUCGAGGCAGCCAGCGGCGCCUCCCACAGACACCUCGCGCGAUUCCUCGCCAAAGAGCCCACGGUCAAGAUCCUGGACUCUGCCGCGCCGGCAACAGAGCAGAGGAGCCAGGACUCCGUGGCCGAGAUCACCGACAUUUCCGUCACCAAAGUGGACGACGCAAGCCCAGAGGAACAGGAUGGCAUCAAGAUCGAUGUGGUGAGAGUGCAGACAAAGAUGGUGAUCCCUGGAACACACCCGAAGCCCUUCACCGCAAGAGGUGAAGAGGCCGAGAAAAAGGCGCUCAAGAUUUUCGAGGAUAUGUUCGAGGCCUGGGGCGGCAAAGUCCAAAAGGUGGAUGUGGUGAAAAGCCUCGGCAAGGAGGAUCGUGGCCGCUUGGUGCCCUUCGGCCGGCAAGAGCCCAAGAUGUGCGUCAGCGUUGAGGUGACUGUGCCGGAGUUCACAGUGAAGGACUCAGCCACCAGGGUCAUCGAGGGCAGGAUCUACAAAGCCAUCGAGGUGGUCGGCGAAGCCACUGAGAAGGCCCAGGCCACCGUGGCUGCGACGGCCAGCGCCAAGCGGCAGGCCACCGCGCAGGCCGAGGCCACGGCGCGGGCCAGCUACAACGCCACGGCCUCCGCGCAAGCCACGCACACCGCCUUUGCAGAGGCCACGGACCAGGUGACCGCGAGCUCCCAGGCCAGCGCCAAGGCUUUGGCGGGCUCCCGGGUGAAGGAGAACAGCGAGGUCAUCACCAAGGCGCGCAUCCAGAUCGAGUCUUCGGCGACCAGCGUCCAGAAGGUCACCGAGAGCGCCACUCGAACCGCCAACGCCACCAGGACUGCUGCCGCCACCGCCAGCGAAGGCGUGACGGUGGAGCUGUCCCAGACUGGCACAGGCACCAGCGAGGCGGAGGUGACCAAAACGGCCAGCGCCACGGUGGAGGACUCUGAGACGGUGAAGAAGAGCAUGAACGUGGGCUCUGAGGGUGUGGGCAAGCUGAAGAAGCUAUUCGAGGCCACGGUGACCAUGCAGUCCACGGUGGAGUCCAAGGCCUGCAUUUCCGCGCGCAAGGCUCGGAGCCUGUUGGACGACAAGACUUUGCAGCAGACGGGCCUGCCCUUCGCCAGCGCGGUCUUCCAGAAGGCGAAGAUGGAGGCGUUUUUGGAGGCCAAGACCAAGGCUUCCCAGACUGCCCUGGACGCCGCCAAGGAGGCGGCUCAGAAGAAAGCUGAAGCCGACUUGAUGGCUCAGAUCCAAUCCUACGCCACGGAGCAUACGGGUGAGCUCAAGGAGCUGGCGUUGAAGGAUGCGGUGCAGAGCACGAUGGGCCAAAAGCAGCAGCUCGAGGCGGCAGCUUCCGUGGAAGCAUUGCAGAAGGCCACCAGUCAGGUGCACGUGGCUGCGCCUUUGAAGGCCAAGGCCGAAGCAGAUCUGGAGGCAAAGUCAGCGGCCAAGGAAGAGGCGGCGCGGUUGGCCCUGGCGAAGGCCAAGGCCGCUGCCGCGGAGGGCCUCGAGGCCAAGGCGGCCGCCAAGGCCAUGGAGGCGGCCAAGGCGAAGGCGCAGCAAAGCGCCGAGCUGCAGGCGAAGGCAUCUGCCAAAGCCUCGGCGGAGGCGGCGGCGAAGGCCAGCGCUUUGGCGGCCGCCCACGCCGCGGCGCAGCAGCAGGCGGAGGCGAAGGCCAAGCAGCUGGCGGAGGCGGCGGCGCGGCGGGAGGCGGCUGAGAAGGCCGAAGCCAUGGUCACAGCUGGCGCCAAGGCGUAGCGAACUGAAGGCACUGACCGUCGUGAUCUCAGUGCUGGACACGCCGUGCCGGAAAAGAGAUCUUGCGCGGGCAGCUUGUAAAUAUUGGCUUCAACAACUUUGUUGCGUCUGCAAAUUGUUCCUAAAGGGUC